CCUUCGACACUUCGCCCUGUCAGCCGGCAGAGCACAGUCCCGUGGGGAGUUAAGCGCCUGUUGCGACUCCCGAGCCGACUCUCACCCUGGAUGUGGCUCGCGCGCGUCUCUCUCCCCACUCCCCCCCCCCCCACCCCCUCCACGGCCAACUCACAACGAGCUGCGCUUCCGAAGUGUAAACGUGUGCUUCUUCUACUUUUGACGGGUCCACGAUGGACGAGGACAACACCGUCCUGCCCGGUUUGAAGGAUAUAGAGACGAAACUGGGUCUCAAGGUCCCGGACAGCCUGGUUCGUUCUCUCGCCGAAGGAACGCGUCCCGACAAGCACGAGAAGUCUGCGGCGCCGCUUGGAGUGAACCGCAAACUGUGCGCCGGCAAUGCGAACUUUAAGAGGCUGGAGAGCAAAAUGCUGUUCCUAAAACAAGAAAUGGCACAUCUACGAGCCAUCGACGUGAAGCUGAUGCAGCAACUUAUGUCAAUCAACGAGGGCAUCGAGUCCAUCCGUUGGAUGAUCGAAGACAAGGGAGGCGUGGCCAGCCAAGAGGGCAGCCUGACGGGCAGCUUGUACAGCCUGUCGGACAGCCUGGACGGUACCUCGCUGCGAGGCAGCUUCAACAGCUUGAACGACGGCAACAGCGACGGGCUAGAUAGUCUGUCUGUGGGUAGCUACUUGGACACUCUCGCAGAGGACCUCCCGGAGGACCCCUCACCGACCGAUCUUGACUGUUUUGUUGAUAAAACUGUUAUUGAUGGGGAUACUUUCAGCAAAUCACCACUGAAAGUCAGGGUGGAAUCGGAUGAAUACUACUGCUUUGGAUAACGACGAGCUAAGCACAGUGGUGACAGAGACUACUGAGAUGUUAUGUGAAGAAAGAUUUUAAAAAUGUGUUCUUCACAAAUUAACACGGCAAAAGCGACAGCCGAUGUGUUUGCAAGGACUUUCCAAAAAUGAGCUAAAACCAGCGUCCUUAUGUUGUGGUUUGAUCACACCUCAUCAAAUCAUUGCAACUUACUGUCACACCACAAGUGAAAACAUCUUCACAGUUCUUUGAGUCUUAAUAUUUUUAUCAUGCAGGUCCAUUGAAUACAAAAGGUGCUCGGUUCUGAUUUAAAGAUUGUAUUUAUUGUGAGAGUUAUCCAAUCCCUCGGCAGUUUAUUUUCACAGACGGAGUACCUCUCAAACUAAAAUUGGUGAAUGAGAGUAGCAACAUAAGCUGACACAACAAAUGUUCUUUAUCAGCUUUGUGUCGGGUCAACCCCAAUCACCUGAUUUUAGCAAAGGAGUAGAUUAAGAUUUAGCAGCCACUUGGAAAAUUGGACGUUUCCUGCUGAGCGAUUCAAGUGGAGUAAACUAUUUAAGGUGGAAAAGUGGUACGUUUAAGUGUUAAAGCAAGUGCAAUUUGCUUCCAUGCCAAAUUCUGAGCUCCACCCGCUACACAUGUUAAGCUUGUAAUUAUUUGUACUUAAAUGUUUAGACUGAUGGAAGUUCCGAAGCUAAAUGAGUCUGCAAUAGUUAAACAUUCAAGAGAUUAGUAGCACAUGCAGAGCACAGAUGCUUGACUGAAAACCAAAGCAAUUUGAUUGUCUUAUAGAUAACUUAGGCCUGAAGCAAAACCCUGCUAAUGCCUGAUGGGAGAUGUUGAUGACAGUGGACACGUGUGUGUACAUUUUAAUUCUCUGUUGUCAAAAACAGGUUUGUUGUUUUAGCUUUAUUGUGUUGAUCUGUCAUUUGUAUUUUACACUGUCUGCAUUUGUUUUUUUUUGUAUUGGUUGCUGUUCAUUUUGUUGUGAAAAUGAAAUAAUAUAUUGUGAUUUUUCUCCUGCU